AUGUCUGGCGGAUUCAACAAGUACCGAUGCAAGUACUUCUUGAGCUACAACUGCCCCAAUUGGGUGUUUAUGAACGGCCACGCUUGCGGCUCUUGUCUUGUGAGUUUGAUACCCACCGAGGUCUGCGUCCCCAAAGCAUUCCAGGGAACGCUCCAAUACAUCAUCAUGGAGGCUGUUCCGAAUGCCACCGCUGGAUCGUACUGGACCUUGCGGCAAAAGGUCUUGGACCCCCGGACUCAAAUGAGCCAAAUCAACAUCAACCAAAUUACGACAAGCGACACCCCGCGGCCUGUCAUGACCACGACGGGCAUUCCUAUGCAGGUGCGAUAUUAA